AUGGACAAGGAGUUUAAGGCGAUGUUCCAGCAGCUGAUGGAGUCGCAGCAGAAGCUCAUCACCGAACUGGCCAUGUCCCGGACGGCACCACCGACGACGCCCGCGCCUGGUACGUCGACGACGGAUGCUCGUCUGGAAGCUCUAGCCAACUCCAUGACGGAGUUCCACUACGAUCCGGAAUCUAACCUCACAUUUGAGAACUGGUACGCCCGCCAUGAGGAUACCCUGAAGUGUGACGCUGCCGGUUUGGACGAUGCUGCCCGUGUUCGUCUCCUGCUUCGUAAACUCAGCGACGCCACCCACGCAGAGUACAUGAACCACAUUCUGCCGAAGAUGACGAGGGACUACAAGUUCAGCGAAACUGUGGACAACCUGACGAAGCUGUUCGGCGCUCACGUCUCUCUCUUCUCCAAGCGGUACCACUGCCUCACGCUGAACAAGAGGGCCUCGGUCGACUUCCAGUCAUACGCCGGGCAGGUGAACCGCUGCUGCGAGGAUUUCGGUGUGGCCCAGUGCAGCGUCGACGCAUUCAAGUGCCUCAUAUUCGUGUGUGGCCUACACAACAAGCAGGACGCUGAGAUUCGCACAUCUCUGCUGGCGAAGCUGGAAGGAAACGCGAACAUGACCCUGGACAACCUCACUGCUGAAUGUCACCGCAUCAUCAAUCUCCGCAAAGAUGCGUCUAUAGAGGAGAAAACUGAUCAGAAGUCCGCUGCAACACGAUCGCGCUCCCCUCACAACUCCAACAACAACAACCCACACAUUAGCAGCAGCAGUCGUGGUGGCAGCAGCAAAAACAAUAACAAACCACGAACACCGUGCUGGAAGUGUGGCGAGCUGCACUACGUGGAGUUUUGCCAGUACCUGAACCAUCGCUGCCGGGAUUGCAACCGGGUCGGUCACAAGGACGGGUACUGCCAGUGUGUGCGGUCGAAUCCAGGUAAAAAGCGUCGCGAGAAGUCCAGCCAGCCAGUGCACACCAGGGGGAUCUACGUGAGACAGCUAGCUGUUCACCGCAACCGAAAGUUUGUGACCGUGGUGAUUAAUCACGUCGAGCUUCAACUCCAGUUGGACUGUGCUUCCGACAUCACCGUCCUCACUGAAGCCAGCUGGAACCGCAUCGGACGACCACCAAUGCACAGUGGCCUCGACUUCAUCGAUCUUUUCAACCUGUGGGAUGUCCCCCUGAGCACGGUUUGCAACCUGGUGACGUCAACGAAGGACAACGUGGAGUGGCUGAAAGCGUCAUUCCCGCAGCUGUUUUCCGACUCACUCGGAUGCUGCAAGAAGGCCGAAGUGAAACUUUACGUUUUGCCAGACGUUCAGCCAGUGUUUCGUGCCAAAAGACCCGUGCCGUUUGCCGCCCUGCAGCCGAUCCAAACCGAGCUAGAACGCCUCCAGAAGCUGGACAUCAUCUCGCCGGUGGAAUUUUCGGACUGGGCUGCCCCAAUUGUUGCCGUCAAGAAGAAGUCCGUCAACGGUGAGCCAAACAAAGUGCGAGUGUGCGCGGACUACUCGACUGGCCUAAACAGCCUCAUCCAGCCGAACCAACAUCCGCUGCCAUUGCCCGAGGAGAUUUUUGCCAAGCUUACGGGUAGCAAGAUCUUCACGCACAUCGACCUGUCGGACGCGUACCUGCAGGUGCCCGUCGAGAAGGAGUCCAGACAGUACCUGACGAUCAACACACAUCUGGGCCUGUUCGAGUUCAACCGCUUGUCGCCCGGUGUCAAGUCAGCCCCUGGCGCCUUCCAGAAGAUCGUCGAGUCGAUGGUCGCUGGCCUCGACGGAGUGGAGGUUUACCUCGACGAUGUGCUCGUCCAUGGCAGAACACCGGAAGAGCACCGCUCACGUUUGCUGAAGGUCCUGGAACGCAUCCAAGAGUGGGGUUUCACCCUGCGCAUCGAGAAAUGCUCGUUUUUCAUGCCGGAGAUCACCUAUUUGGGAUUCAUCGUCAACAACCGAGGAAUCAGGCCGGACCCGUCCAAGACGUCCGCCAUCUGCAGCAUGCCACCCCCGCAUGACGUCAGCAGUUUGCGUUCCUUCCUCGGUGCGAUCAAUUUCUACGGAAAGUUUGUUCGCAACAUGCACGACCUCCGACACCCACUCGAUGCUCUGCUGCGCAAGGAUGCCAAGUGGGACUGGAACGAAAGCUGCCAGGAGUCGUUCGAGCAAUUCAAGAACCUGCUCCGGUCGGACCUGCUUUUGGCGCACUACAACCCUGAGCUGGAAACUAUCGUCGCCGCUGACGCGUCCAACUACGGUGUCGGCGCGUGUUUGAUGCAUCGAUACGAUGACGGCUCGAUCAAGGUGGUGUGCCACGCGUCCCGGACGUUGACGUCGGCCGAGCAGAACUACGGUCAAGUUGAGAAGGAGGCUUUGGCGCUGAUCUUCGGUGUUACCAAGUUUCAUCGCUUCAUCUGGGGACGGAGGUUCACACUUCACACCGACCACAAGCCGCUGGUCGCCGUGUUCGGGUCCAAGAAGGGAAUCCCGGUUCACACCUCCAACCGUCUUCAGCGAUGGGCGCUGAUCCUGCUGUCCUACGAGUUUGACAUCGAGCACAUCUCAACGCAAGACUUUGGCUAUGCUGACAUGCUCUCGAGACUGAUCGACGCGCGGAUCAAACCGGACGAGGAUUUUGUGAUCGCCGCAAUCCAGCUCGAGGACGAACUUGCAGCGGCCAUGGACGAAGCACUCAACAUCCUGCCAGUUACCUUCAAGCACCUACAAGUGGCCACAAGCAACGACAAGCUACUGCAAGACGUCAUCAAGCAUGUCCAAUCUCGCUGGCCCGGGGCAAUCAAGCUGGUCGAUGCUGAACUUCGCCCGUUCUACGCGCGAAAAGACGCUCUCUCCGUUGUUCAAGGGUGUCUCAUGCUGGCUGACCGCGUUGUCGUUCCCCAGCAGUACCAGCAGCAGGUGCUCAAGGCUCUCCAUCGAGGACACCCAGGUCAAGAGCGCAUGAAGAAGGUGAUGCGAAGUCACGUGUACUGGCCAGGUGUGGAUCAAGACGUGGACGACUUCGUUCGUUCGUGUCACGCCUGCGCUGCGGUGGCCAAGGCCCCCACCAAAACUCUGCUGUCGUCGUGGCCCCUAGCAGAGCAUCCAUGGCAGCGCAUCCACGUGGAUUUCGCUGGUCCUGUCGAGGGUCACUACUUUCUGGUGAUAGUGGACUCGUACAGCAAGUGGCCUGAAAUAUUCAAGACACCAACCAUCACAGCGAGGACAACAAUCGAUCUGCUUUUUGAAACGUUCGCUCGCUACGGGCUCCCAGAGACGGUUGUUUCUGACAACGGUACGCAGUUUACUAGUUCGCUCUUCAAGGAAUUCUGCGAAUCGCUCGGCAUCAUCCACAUCCGCACUGCUCCGUAUCAUCCCCAGUCAAACGGGCAGGCCGAAAGGUUUGUGGAUACGCUAAAAAGGAGUCUGAGGAAGAUCAUGCCAGGAGCUGGGCAUGACAUUGGACGUUCGCUGCAAAUCUUUUUGUCAGCCUACCGUGCCACUCCUAACAAGUCAACACCUGAUGGACUGUCACCUGCUGAAGUCUUGAUGGGGAAGAAGCAUCGCACAACUUUGGACCUGCUCAAACCACCGUCGGAACACCGGGCUGCGCUGCAGAGGAACCAGCGGCAAGAAGAGCAGUUCAACAAACGGCACGGGGCACGAAAGCGUGAAUUUGGCAAAGGCGAUUCGGUUCACGCAAGCACAUUCGUUCACGGCAAGCUGGUCUGGCAAACUGGCACAGUAAUCGAACGCGUUGGCAACGUGAUGUACAACGUCUGGCUGGAAGACAAGAAGCGGCUCAUCAGGUCUCACACGAACCAACUCCGUGCUCGGGGGGGCUCAAAAGUCGAGGCCUAUCCGGAAGAAGCUGAGUCGGAGGUCAAGCUACCUCUGCACAUCCUGCUCGAGGACUUCCAGAUCAUCGAGGAUCCAGUAGUAGCCGAGGAUGAACAGCGGGUGCACCACCGCAACGUCGAGCCAGGGUUCGACCACCGUCGAUUCUUCGCCGGUCCACUAGGAUUCGCCGAACAACCCUGGAUGCGACCCUGGAUGAGCGACACUUGUCGUCAUCCUGUUGACAUCCACGACCGGAAACCGGUUGUCAUAAUCCGCGAGCUCAAGAAGACACACGCAUAA